CCACAUUUCUCCUUCUCUCACGCGUACCGACUGGACCUCUGAGGCUCCGACGGCCGUGUUGGCUCACCCUUAGAAAAGUUGGUGUGCCCUCGUCGCCUCGCGCUCUCUGUCCCCGCUGCCCUUCUUCGUCGUCGCCCUUCUUCCGAGUCUCCUCCUCCGUCGCAUCCUCUUAACGCACUUGGAUUAUAUCUGUUUUAUAUUGGAUUUCGAUCUUGAUUUUCGCGCGUCGGUCGCCCUUCUUCAUUUUCUACUGGAGGCGAGGAAACCCAAUUUUUGGGGAGUUUCUUGCCCUCCAAGAUUGCUGGAAUCGUGGAUGUUGGUUGUUCGCCGAGCAGAGUUCUGAUGAUUCUGCCGAUGUGGGCACUGGCUUCUUUCUCUUGCGCCGGAUAGGAGGUCUGGUUGAAGGAAACAGUGAAGCGAAACGGGAGGACGAGAUAAGAUAAUCGGACAUCAUGAAGUUCAAUGCCUUUUCCAUUCCUUCCAAACCAUCUGCCGAAAUCAGGAGACCCUCCACUUUCUGUGAUGAGCCUGCUGAGAUAGCUGAAGGACUUCAAUACGUGACAGAGUUUGAUGGCUCUGCUCCCUUAGUAGAACCCAAAUCAAUAACAAUCCCUAGGCAAGAGAAUACAUGGCGUCCUGAGAGAAGGAUGAAGGACAUCAACCUUGCCGGUGUCCAGUUUGAUACUAAGGUUGAAAAAGAUCUCAAAACAGAUACAGGGUAUGGGCUAAACCUUAGGAACAGGGUUAAUGAUAGUAAGCAACAAGAAGAAACGACUUCGAUUGCUAGGAAGUCUGUUAUAGAGAGCCUCUGGGAUCAAAAGUACAAAGAAGAUGUGGUAAAUUUGCCAGAUGAGGAUGGUCCAGAGAAGUAUAAGGAUGUCCCGGUUGAGAGCUUUGCAUUGGCCGUGCUCUCUAGCUAUGGAUGGUCAAAAGGCAAGGGGAUCGGAAGAAACGCAACGGAGGAUGUGCCGAUUUACAAGCAUCCGAGGCGAAUAGGAGGAUUUGGAGUCACGGUCGACCUAGAGAACCAGAGACAGAUGAGGCACGGAGUUUAGAUGCAGAGUGAGAUUGGUGGGUCGCAAUGGUGAAGUGAAGAAUUCUAUCUGGUAGGAGUUACGGAUCAGAAGGGCGAAGGAGAUAAGCAGGACCAAAUUGUGUUAAAGAAGCAAGGACUCAUGGCAAGAAAAAAAAUUGUACAAAACAGAACUAGUUUAAUUAGAUUUUGCCAUCUUUAUGACAAAUCACGUGAAGUUUCUUAAAUUUGUAUGUGUCUGGGGUGUUACUAAAAACCUCAAAACUGAAAACCUCUACCGAUGUGGGGGUGCUGUUGAGUGUGCAAAACCAUGGGUCCGUUGCCUUGCCCUCGGGAUAACGACCCACUUUGUGCUACAUGUAUGUAGGUUGUGCACCAAUGGGGUCGAACCUUCGACCACCUUCUGAGUUACACCACAAUCCUGAGAAGCUACUAGAUUAUGGAAGAAAUUAUAUGUUUAUCACAUAGGUUGAUGUUUUCCUUUUA